GAGAGAGAGAAAGGAAGCAGAGAGAGAGAAAAAGGAAGAAGCAGAGAGAGAGAAAGGAAGACACGGAGAGAGAGAGGAAGAGAGAGCAGCAGCAGCAAGCACCCAGAGAUCAGCAGCUCGCACAGCCUGAAGAAAGCGUCAAGAGUUACUGAAGAUGUCCGGGACCACGGAGAAGAUUCAACCUUACUGGAAAUGGCAGAAAAGUAUGGGUGUGCAUGCCUGCUUUGAGAAGGCCAGUGAAGGGCAAGGAAUCCAGAUCUGGAGAGUGGAGAAAAUGAAGCUUGUGGCUGUGCCCAAGGAGAACUUUGGCACCUUUUUCACCGGGGACGCGUACCUGGUCCUCCACCGCGAUGAGGAUCGUGCCCACCUACACAUCUGGCAUGGUGAGAAGGCCUCGUCCGAUGAGAAAGGGGCCAGUGCCCUCUUUGCCACACAGCUGGAUGACAGCCUGCAAGGUAGGCCCGUCCAACACCGGGAGGCCCAGGGCAACGAGAGUGACGUCUUCAUGAGCUACUUCCCAAAGGGCAUCAAGUACCAGGAAGGAGGAGUGGAGUCGGGAUUCCAGAAGGUUCCGACAGCUCCGGCCUCGAUCCGGAGGCUCUACCACGUGAAGGGGAAAAAGAACGUCCGUGCCAAGCAGACGGAGAUGAGCUGGGCGAGUUUCAACACGGGGGACUGUUUCAUCCUGGACCUCGGGCAGACCAUAUAUCAGUGGUGUGGAUCUCAGUCCAAUAUGUUUGAACGGAAGAAGGCCGGAGAGAUUGCCUGUUCCAUCCGGGACCAGGAACGCCGUGGGAAAUCCCAGCUGAUCAUUGUGCAGGAUGGAGAGGAGCCGGCGGAGAUGAUGGAGGUUCUGGGUGUGAAACCAGUGUUGAAGGAGGGGAACCCCCAGGAAGAUGCACAAGCUGAUAAGAGCCAUUCCCAGAUGGCCAGUCUAGCCAAGGUCUCCGAUGCGACUGGGGCCAUGACUCUCACUCCGGUGUCGUCCCAGAACCCCUUCGCCAGAGAGAUGCUCCAGUCCGAGGACUGCUUCGUUCUGGACAACGGAGUGUGCGGGAAGAUCUACGUCUGGAAAGGUCGAAGAGCAAACAGCGAGGAGAAACGAGCUGCCCUGAAAGUUGCCGAGGAUGUGAUUAACCAGAGGAAGUAUCCACCCUGCACCCAGGUGGAGAUCAUUCCGGAAGGACUGGAGACGGCCUUUUUCAAGCAGUUCUUCAAAGCCUGGAACUGAGCUCAGCGAUUGGCGGCUUGGAUCUUCCUGUGCGGUGACUGAAAAUGAGACGCACGAAAUGGGAAAGCGGGUCGCCACCUCCCUCUCACGUUCCGCCUGGCAAUGCCUCCCUCACACUCUGAACCUACCCCACACAAGGGCACAAAACCGGGCCCUUUGACCCUCCUUGCCUAUCUCCAAAUCAUCGUGUCCGUACCUCCCCACUGCUCCUAGCGCAGCUUCUCUCUCUCUCCUUCCCUCAAUAAAUGUCUCAGACUUUCAAA